AUGCUAAGGUACUUGAAGGGAGAGAAAGGUUAUAAGCUGCAUUUUUGUGAAAAUAGUGAGCCCCAGUCGCCCAUCAGGAUUGUCAGUUUCAGUGAUGCGGACCUCGCGGCUGAAACUGAAGAUCGAAAAUCUGUAAGUGCAGGUGUGCAGGUGGUUGUCGGAAUCACUGUAGGGUGGUGCUGCAAGAAACAAGCUGCUGUGGCUCAGUCAACUCCGGAAGCGGAAUUCGUCGCUGCGUCAGUCGGUGGCCGUGAGGCGCCAGGAUUAAAGAUCCUUAACGAAGAGCUCGGGCAGCUAGUGAAGACACGUGGUGAGUCACCACGUGCGACAGGUACAUCCGCUGCGUCUGCAGCGGGUACCACGAGUUGUAAUCAAGAUGGGUCUGAAAUAGAGCUCAUCUAUUCUGGCGAUUCGGAUGGUGUAUCCAACUCGAAGGCGAAACCUCACGGCUCCGUAUAA